GUCGCAGGAAUAAAGCGUCUUCUUUGUCGCACGGGUGGCGUGGGCUCCUGUGAGCCGGUGGUUGAGGUGCUGAGGGAAGCUCUAGUGGGGGAGUGUUCCUGGACUCGCUUCGGUAAACUUCGUAUAUAUAAAGUCAAAAUUUGCUGGUUAAGAUGGCAGACCCAGAUGUCCUCACCGAGGUUCCAGCAGCUUUGAAGAGGUUAGCCAAGUACGUGAUCCGAGGUUUUUAUGGCAUUGAGCACGUGUUGGCCUUGGACAUUUUGAUUCGAAACCCCUGUGUGAAAGAGGAGGAUAUGCUGGAGCUACUCAAGUUUGAUCGGAAGCAACUUCGAUCAGUUUUGAAUAAUUUAAAGGGAGACAAGUUCAUCAAAUGCAGAAUGAGAGUAGAGACUGCUGCAGAUGGGAAAACCACUCGCCAUAACUACUAUUUUAUCAAUUAUCGUACUCUUGUUAAUGUGGUAAAAUAUAAACUAGACCACAUGAGAAGGAGGAUUGAAACGGAUGAGAGAGAUUCCACCAACCGGGCUUCCUUCAAAUGUCCUGUCUGUAGUAGUACUUUCACAGACCUCGAAGCUAAUCAGCUCUUUGAUCCCAUGACAGGAACUUUCCGCUGUACAUUUUGCCAUACAGAGGUAGAAGAGGAUGAAUCAGCAAUGCCCAAAAAAGAUGCACGCACGCUUUUGGCAAGAUUUAACGAACAAAUUGAGCCCAUUUAUGCAUUGCUUCGGGAGACAGAGGAUGUAAACUUGGCCUAUGAAAUACUUGAGCCAGAACCUACAGAAAUCUCAGCCCUGAAACAGAGCAAGGACAGAGCAGCUACUACUGCUGGAGCUGCUGGCCAAGCAGGAGGUCACCACCGGGAAGCAUGGGCCACCAAAGGGCCCUCCUAUGAGGACUUAUACACGCAGAACGUUGUCAUUAACAUGGAUGACCAAGAAGAUGUUCACCGGGCCUCCUUAGAGGGGAAGUCUGCCAAAGAGAGACCCAUUUGGCUGAGAGAGAGCACUGUCCAAGGGGCAUAUAGUUCUGAAGAGAUGAAAGAAGGUGGCAUAGAUAUGGAUCCAUUUCAGGAGCAUGAGGAAGGCCACACAGGGCCCGAUGAUAAUGAGGAGGUCAUGCGAGCACUCCUCAUUCAUGAGAAGAAGACUCCCUCUGCCACAGCUGGCUCCAUGGGAGCGGCUGCUCCUGUGACUGCCGCCAAUCCCAGUGACUCAGAAAGUGAGACCAGUGAGUCAGAUGAAGACUCUCCCCCCCGGCCAGCAGCUGCUGUGGCUAUGCAUCAUCGGGAAGAGGACGAGGAAGAUGAUGAUGAGUUUGAGGAGGUGGCAGAUGACCCGAUUGUCAUGGUGGCUGGCCGUCCGUUCUCCUACAGUGAAGUGAGCCAGCGGCCAGAGCUGGUGGCCCAGAUGACACCAGAAGAGAAGGAAGCGUACAUAGCGAUGGGGCAGCGCAUGUUUGAGGACCUCUUUGAAUGAGCUUUCUCUGCCUGUUCCUCCUUUCUGUCAUGUUCAUUUCAAAAAGAAAUUCCCUACCUUUGAAGAAAAAUGUUUAAGUGGCUUUCUUGCCCUCUUGAUAGAAAGCACCUGUUAAUCUUUUACAAAGAUAAUGGGAGAGAAAGUUUAAUUUUAAUACCAGAACUUCCCAGAAAGGCAGGUUGGCCGUAAGCAUUCCCUUCUCUGCUAUUACUUCAGUAUUAAUAUGUUACUGUAUUUCCUUAUCUGAUUUUUUUCUUUCCUUUCUAAGACACUCUUUUCUCCCUUCUGAGAUGAAUGAGGGAAGAAACUUUUUGCAUACCUACAGAAACCUAUUACAAUUAGUAACUGAGUUUUGUAAUUCUUACCAAGGAUUUAAACAGUUGCUUAUAUUGUCCCCAAACAAAGCAGCUUGCCUUAUAGGCAAAUCACUGGUUGGCGGCAAAGAAUCCUAAAACUCCAUAUUUCCCCUAAUUAAGAUUGGGAUCGACCUGUAAGGGGAGGUGAGACUGUGUACUGAAGAGGGAUGGAUAUGCCCGAACCUUGUGUUUAGUGUGUAAACCAGAAUUUGUGUCUUCAGAGUUGACCAGACUGGUAGAUUCUGUUGUUUUGCUUAAUGCUUUUUUGGUUUGGAUUUUCAGUGAUACAAAACAAAGUAUGCUUAGUAUACCUUUAUGAAGAAAUUAAAGAAACAUGGACAAAGGAUAAAGAGUCCGUGUAAAGGGUUGAGGAGCAGAGAGCAUUAGGAGUGCCUUAGAACUGCCUGUGUCUGCUGUGAUUUGGAAGUCCUUUAGGACUGCCCGCCCCCACUAUAGACUUCUUGUCAGUGCUAUAAAUUAAGGAGGCCAUCCGAGCAGAAAGCACAGACUAAUUGAUUACCUUCCUCUUUCUCUCUCAACAUGUUUUGAAAGCCUUUUUUUUUUUUUGGUCUCUCUUUCGGUCCUUGUCAGACGUGGUAGUCUGGAGUGCACCCUGCAUAUUGUGGAGCACUGUAACCUCAAGGAACGUAGUUUGUUUGCGUUCUGAUGUUGUAGCAUGAGUUUCCUGAAUGCAGAACUUUAAAAAUAAAGGACGAUUGUAUUUCUUCUAGUAUUUUUCUUGCAUUGUAAUUUUUAAGUAUUUAUCAUUUUGUAGUACAUGUGUGAAAUUAAGAUAGCAUCUUAGAGUAUCUGAGCCUUGUAUGAAGUGAUGUUUCAUUUUCUUGGGUCUAUUAAUGACUAAAUAUUGAUAAUAACUAUUUUAUACUAACUGAAAUUUGUCAUUGUCUAGCUCUAUAACAUCAUGGAGCAUAAUUAAAAUAUAUAUUCUCAUUAAAAACACGUUAAAGACUU